GACGCAAGUGACAUACUCCCGCCAAUUCCGACUGAGGAGCGCGAGGCAGGCAGCGGGGAUAUCGCAAACGAGAGGAGCCCCGGGUUAGUGGUUGGGAUGUUGGCGGCGGAAAAUCCUCCUGUGGACGGACAUUUGGCUGCAUCGACUCCCCGCAGAAGAGGCAUGGAUUGUAAGUCAAGUAACAAUGCCAACAAGAAACUUAUCCAAGCUCGUCUCCCAUUCAAGCGCCUGAACCCUGAACCUAAAGACAACCAGCCACCUAAACGCCCCUGUGGACAUGCCUGCCCUGAACCAGGAGUCUCAGACAGGGAGAAUGAGAAUGAGUCCUCUGCACUCCCUGUGCACAAUGGGCCACCCUUGGUUAACGGUCUUGGGCCCCUUGAUGGCUUCCUGAGCCGCAGGCGCCCUUCACCCUCAAAUGAGAACAUGGUAAUAGAUCUGACUGCGGACAACAGUUCACCUGUAAAGCGCCUUGAUUCACCUGCUCCUGCCUCUCCCUGCCUCCCAACAAAGGACAAGCAUAAGGGAAAAGACACAACUGCCUCUUCUGGGAAAUCCAAAAGUGCUGAUCACACUCCUAAAACACACACUUUAGACUGCACGGUAGUCAACAAAGAUGACGUAGAAGAGGAGGAGGAGGAAGAGGAAGAGGAGGAAAAAGAUGGGAAUCAGACUGCUUCUAUCUCGCUGCUUGACACAACACAGGAUUCUGAAAGUGAGCCAGAGGAGCAGAAUGAGUCAGGAAACGUUUCCAGUUUAGGAAACAGGUCCAUGCUGUCAACUUCAUCAGUGAGCUCCUCAUCUGAAAGCUCACCUGAGAAGACUGAUGACCCUACACUCUCUACAACACCUACAGAGCCAAAGACCACCCCCAAGAUACCAGCAGAACAGAAAAAUAUCAAAAGACGCUCAUUAAAGAGUUUACAAGAACAAGAGGACAGGCUUCGACAGCAACAGGAGAAAGAGCGCCAGAAGGAAGAAGCUAAAGCUGCAAAGGAAAAAAAGAAAGAAGAGGCUCGCAAGCUAAAGGAGGAGCGAGAAAGAGAAAAACGAGAGAAAAAAGAAAAAGAUGAGCGAGAGAAACGAGAGAAAAAAGAAAAGGAGGAGAAGGAAAAGGCAGAGAGGUUAAAAGCCAAAGAGGAGCAACGGAAAUCAAAGCUAGAGGCAAAGCUUGAAGAAAAACGGAAGAAAGAAGAGGAGAAGCGAAUGAAGGAAGAAGAGAAACGGUUGAAAGAAGAGAAGGAUCGCCUCAAAGCUGAGAAAGCAGAAAUUACACGAUUUCUACAGAAAGCCAAGAUCCAACAGGCUCCAAAGACACUUGCAGCUGCGUGUGGGAAGUUUGCUCCAUUUGAGAUAAAAGAAAACGUGUUUCUGGCACCACUGUGCCGGGUUCAGUGUGAGGACUCUGUUUUGGAGGAACUGGACCAGUAUUUGUUGAACCCAGCUGAUAAACGAGAUGGACUGAAAGACUGGAUUGGACAAAAACCCCGCCGGUGGGGACCCACCAAACCCAGACAGACUGACUCCCUAAGUGAGUGUAUAGCAGUGGAAGGGCCUAAACCAGAUGGCGUGCCUGAUCGUAAACGUUAUGGACCUAUGAAACUGCUCCAGUUCCAUGAAAACUACCGUCCAGCGUACUGGGGCACCUGGAGUAAAAAGAGCUCACACAUCUCACCUCGCUGCCCUCUUAAACAAGAUAAGGAUUUGUUUGACUAUGAGGUGGACAGCGAUGAAGAAUGGGAGGAAGAGGAACCAGGAGAGUCCCUGUCACACAGUGAAGGGGAAGACGAGGAGGAAGGCGGUGGUGAUGAUGAUGAUGAUGAUGGCUUCUUUGUUCCUCAUGGCUACCUUUCAGAUGAUGAGGGGGCUCUGGAAGAAGAGGAGGGUGGCGACCUGGAGAAGCAGAAACUGCGUCAGAAACUGAAAGCAAGGGAGUGGGAUGAGUUGAUGUCCACCAAGAAGAAGAUGAAGGUGCUGGAGCCAGUGGUGAAAGGCUGCGUCUGGGAGGGAGAAGGACCUGGUUCGCAGUUCUUCCAGCCUUAUGCUGUGUGUCUGGUCGUGCCUUUACCCAAGGUAGACAACAGCCCAAGCCCAGAGGAGCUGUCACAGAGGCGUCAGAGAGAAGCACAAUUACUCGGUCAGCUGUUGCCUUUGCUGCACGGCAAUAUCAACAGCAGCAAAGUGAUCAUCACUGAGUUUCAGGAGUUUUGUCGUCAGCAGAACUCAUCAUUAUCACCAUCAUCACCUCCUGAACUGUCCAGCCCUCAAAGCCCAGCAGAAAACAUUCCCACCAGAAUACAGGUGAAGCGCCUCAUGAAGAACAAUGCUGUUUAUGAGAAGCGCACAACCUACAGACGCUGCUGCUGGUAUGUGCACACAGAGGUCCUGUCCCGUUUUGGCCAGGAGGCUCUUCCUGUGCCCUGCCAGUGGACCUACCUCACCACAGGAGCUCGAGAAGAGUCUCGUGAAGAACCCCAGGCAGCCACGGGCUCUCAGGGAAACUCUCCCACUACACCCCAGACCUCCUCCACCACGUCUUCAUCCUCCAACAAAAGGAAGAGUGCAGGCAGUAUGUCAAUCACCAAGUUCAUGAAGAGAUGUACUGACCCCGAGCAGACGGAAGCAAUGGAGGCAGACGGUUUUCAAGCUGACACUGAGGAUGAUGACGAGGAAGACUGCGUCAUUGUCUCCACACAGAGUGGCCCAACCAGAGUGGACUCGUCCAGCAAGGGAGACUGUCUGAUGGAAAUUACCCCUUCUGACACAGCGGCUCUUCCUGUGGCCAGUGCUGCUCCUACACUCGCCACUGCCUGAGGACAGGUCUCCUCUAAACAAGCUACCCUGUUUCCCACGAAAAUCCCUCCCUCCUGGUUCUGAACGCUACUGUGUCUGAGACAGAAGAUGAAGCACCUCACUCUGGUACAAGCAACUCACAUCAGGUGACGUCUGCUCUGUAUUAAGAGUUUCCUCUCACCCAAUAUUUUUUUAAAGGAGUCAGGAGUCAUCUUGCCUGUAAAAUGUAGUUGUGCAUAAAAUCAGAAUGUCUGAAUUGAUUAUUGAGGGCCGGUGUGUCCAGUGUUUGUUAACAAUGUGUCUGAUUUUUUUGCAUUAAAGUUUCAGUCAGGCAUGUUUGACAUGAGCCUCUUUAAAGUGAAAGGUGAAAGUCUCUCUAGCACUGCUUUAGCUACAGCAGAUUGGGUUGAACAGAAGGAGGAAGAGCAGAAUGGAAAUGCCCCAUUUUCAUGAGAAGAAGCAUCCAAGACAUCAAGAACAACAUUAUUUACUCUUUUUGAAAUGUUGAAUUUUACAACAUUCUUGGAUUUCCUCUAAUCUAACUGUAUAUAAUUUACCAGAAACAAUAGUUGGGGAAAUAAGAGGCUCAAAGUCCAUCCGUACAUUUCCCUUUGAUUUCAAUGGGUGCGUUUAUUCUGCAAUUUCAAAUUCUGACAACUCAGUGGAGUAGUUGCUAGACCUGUACUUGUACAGUUAGGUCCAUUGUCACGUUGUUUUAUAAAUAUGUAUUUUCUGUAUUUUUUUCAAGAAUACUUGAACAGGAUAAAUUCAUUAAACAUGAAUAAAAGUA